AUGCCUCUAAAACCAUUCACCCUCGCAGUCCUCGAAUGCGACCAACCACUCGACCACGCCCGUAUCGAACGUGGCGGCCACACAGGGGUCUGGUCCGCCCUCUUUGCCGACGCCGCAGACGCACAGGGUAUACCCCGAGACCGUAUUAACGUCAUUGGCUACAAUGCCGAAGAAGGUCUACCCACCCUCGAUGGCAGUGGGAAUAGAGAUACGGACGAAGACGAGAUUGAUGCGGUGUUGGUUUCCGGGUCUAGGUAUAAUGCUUGGGGGGACGAUGCUUGGAUUAUCAACCUUGUGGGGUUUGUGAGGGAGUGUGUUGAGAAGAAGGUACCUGUUAUUGGGAUUUGUUUUGGACAUCAGGUUGUGGGGAGGGCGCUCGGGGCGGAGGUUGGGAGGGGAGAGAAUGGGUGGGAGGUUGCGCCUACGAGGUUGGUGGUUAGUGAGGCUGGGAAGGGGGUUUUUGGGAAGGACGAGAUUACACUACACCUCAUGAACCGCGAUAUCGUCAAGACCUGUCCGCCAAACAUGGAAAUCCUCGCAUCGAGUUCAAACGCAAAGAUUCACUCGCUAUACCGACCAGGAGCGAUAUUUACAGUCCAGGGACAUCCCGAAUUCAACGGGGAGAUCAUUAAGGAAUUGUUGAAGAUGAGGAUCGAGAGUGGAGUUAUCCCCCAAGAUACUGGGAACGAUGGGAUCGGGAGGGCACCGUUGCCGCAUGAUGGGUUGGCUGUUACUAUUGCCUUUUGGAAGUUUUUGGGGAUUUGA